GCAGAGAGAUUUGGCAUUCUGUUGAGAAGCGGGUACAGUUAGAGCAGACACUGCCGCUCCGAAGUAGCUUAGAACCACGUAUAGCAGCUCACGGAGGUUGUGCAAAACUUAGUAGGCAUGAUGUAUUGAGCUAUGCAAACUCAUUUCCUUCCUUUGGCGCACUUUGCUAUCAAGAGUCAUGGAGAAGAUGCUUGUGAACGUAAAGAAAUGGAUAGAAGAAAACAGAGCUGUCUUCUUGCCUCCAGUAUGCAAUAAGCUCAUGUAAGUUAAUGGGUUUGUGUGUGGUUUUUUUAUUAAUGGAACAUGUGCAGAAUUUUCUCCUUCUCUUGAGGGUCGGACUCAAUGCAAUGGCUUACAAGAAAGGAGAUUCUGACAAAACAUAAUGAAAAACUUCUGACAGUAAGAGCUGUUCGGCAGUGGAACAGACUCCCACGGGAGGCGGUGAAUUCUCCUUUCUUGGAGGUUUUUAAGCAGAGGUUGGAUGGCCAUCUGUCAUGGAUGCUUUAGCUGAGAUUCCAGAUGACCCGUGGGGUCCCUUCCAACUCUAAGGUUUUAUGAUUCUAUAAUUCGCUGUUCUAUGUUUCGUUGAAAACAAAAUGUUGUUUUUCAAUUCUUAUGCAAAUCAAAGAGGAGAGGAGAGUCACGGCUCAGUAGAGCAGCAAUGCUUUGCAUACCAAGAGUUCCAGGUGCAGCGCCUGGCAUCUUCAGGUAAUACUGGGAGAUUCCUCUGUCUGAAACCCUGGAGGACCACUUCCAGUCAGUGUAGACAGUACUGAGUGGUCUGAUUUGGUACAAGGCAGCUCCCUAUGGUCCUUGAGUGAAAUACUGUAUAUGUCUGCCAAAGGUCUUCAAAGUCUGGCCGAAACAGGAGCAAUCAAACCUAAAGCCUGUUUUGCAUAUUUAAAGCCAUAGCUGUCAACAUUAAGUACACAGUAAUUCUUGAUUCUGAACAUGCUUUGUAGUCUUUGUGGCAUUCAUAGAUGCAAUGAUAAUAAACUUGUUGUAUGCCUGUGGACAGCAGUUUGUAAGACUGUACAACACUCCACAAAUAAUAUUUUUCACACCUUGAAAUAAAACACAGGUUCAGAAUUAUUAUUAUUAUUAUUAUUAUUAUUAUUAAUACCCCACCCAUCUGACUGGGCUUCCCCAGCCACUCUGGGUGGCUUCCAACAAAAUAUUAAAAUACAGUAAUGCAUCAAACAUUAAAAGUUUCCCUAAACAGGGCUGCCUUCAGAUGUCUUCUAAAAGUCUGGUAGUUGUUGUUCUCUUUGCCAUCAGGUGGGAGGGUGUUCCACAGAGCGGGUGCCACUACCAAGAAGGCCCUCUGCCUGGUUCUCCGUAACUUGGCUUCUCGCAGUGAGGGAACUGCCAGAAGGCCCUCAGCACUGGAGCUCAGUGUCUGGGUAGAACGAUGGGGGGGAGACACUCCUUUAGAUAUACUGGACCAAGGCCGUUUUGAGAAGAACUCCAGGCUUUGAAGAAGCAAGUCAUAUAACUGUGAAACAUGUAUGAGUUUUCCAGGCACCAAGAGGGUGGGAAUAACAUAUCAUAAUCAAAGUGCAACAACAAUUUUAGGAUAGCUCAGAGGUGGGCUAUGCAACCAGUUCAGCUGAAUCCCACUGACUCAGAAAGAUUUGGGAUGAUUCAGCUUGAAUCUGAAUCGAAUUGAAGCCACUCCAACUUGCUCUGACUUGCUCUGAGUAAAUUGGGAGUGAUUUGAGCCCAUUUGGAGCUUGGAACUCUGCCUAAGCUUGGCUGCCUGCCCCACCCCAUCCCCACCCCCCAGUGUUGCAAAACACCAUAUUAGGUGGAUGCCAGUUUGGGAAGUUGGACUUUGCUCACUGAGAGCUCUAUCUCCCAACCCAGAGCUAAAGUCUCACUGAACACUUUCCAGUCACAGUGCUUGGGGAGAGGGAUGGUGAAAACUUCAAAGUACAACUCAGCUCUCACUGGCUUCAUUCUUCUGCAAGCUCCCUCUCUGAAUGUUAGAAAGCAGGAAUGUGGGAGAAAUUUGAUUCAUUUCUCAUGUAGAGGUGAAACUCACUAAUUUACACUAUUUGAAACAAUACACGAGCAUCCUUUGAAAUUUGAACUUCUCCAAAUUUUGCAGUGUAGUUUGUUGACCAAGUAAAUUGUAUAAAAGUGCACCUGUCAAUGAAAAUAGCAUGCGGAUAUGCUUUAUAUCAGGGAAGCCAGCCAUGCAAAAUUGUGCAAAUAGGCAAGGUUGCAUACAAAAAUGCUGGUUUGAAGAGUCUUUACUCUUUUAUCCUUUUAUGCCUUAAAUUAUCAUAGGUUUAUGUUAAAAAUUGGUAUUUUUAUUACCCUGCAGGCACCGCUAUCAGCUCAAUGUAAUGUUUGUUGGUGGGCCAAACCAAAGGAAGGAUUAUCAUAUUGAAGAAGGAGAAGAGGUAACCCAUUGGGAAGUCUUUCAUUUAGUGAUUUGGGUACAAUGUCCUUAUGUAGGCUUGCACUAUCUAUUACGCAAUGCCCUCUAGAUGUUGUUGGACUACUACUUCCAUCAUGCUUGAUCAUUGGCUACUCUGGCUGGGACUGAUAGAGGAGUAGGGGACUGUUAUCAUUAAGCUAUUUUUUUUAAAGCGAGCCUCUUAGCCCAGGCAUAGGAAAACUUGGCCCUCCAGAUGUUUUGGGACUAUAACUCCCAUCAUCCCUAGCAAACAGGACCAGUGGUCAGGGAUGAUGGGAAUAGUAGUCCCAAAACAUCUGGAGGGCGGAGUUUGCCUAUGCCUGAUCUUAGCAUUCGUAGCUUGCAGUUUUCCAUGUAUCCAAUAGAUGUCAGCAUAUUCCCUCAUAUUGAAUUUUUAAAUCCACAGUUCAGUUUUCCAAAACUGAUUGUGCAAGCGCUGCAAUAUACAUGAAUCCCUUGCAGACUGUACAUAUGGCAUUGUGAUAUGCAUACUCUAAAUUAAGUUUUCCCCUCUCCUACACUGUAGUUGUUCUACCAGCUGGAAGGAGAUAUGUGCCUGAAGAUAAUAGAGAAUGGAAAACACAAGGAUAUCUACAUUAAAGAAGGAGAGGUAAACAUAGGCUUGUAAAUGGUUAAUGGAAAAUGGGUGGGGGAAAUAUGCACAUAAAGCAAGGGUGUAUUUGUCAUAGUUCUCUCUGCUGAAGAAACAAGCCACAUUUUCCAUUGACUUGUGGCUUACCUCUUCAGCUAUAGGAACGUCUGCAUGAAAAGAAAAACAAGCAAACAGAAUGAGCUCUGGAUGCUCCUGGAGCCCUCCCCUUAUCAUGUGUAUAGCAUACCUUCCAACAUUUCUCCAAUACAACCUCUGUAUCCUCCAUCCAGACAAGCAAGAGGUAUUAUCAGAGUUCAAGGACACAUUCCAGCCAGAAAACAUUCAGGGGGUGAAACAAGGCCAGUGUAUGGCCUGAGGAGAAUUCUGAGGGCCAGAUAGAGCAGGAUUUGGCCCCCAAGCCUGAGGUUCCCCACUCCUGUCAUGAACUGUGGCAACUGUUUCAACUUCCUUUCUUUUUUUUCUGGGCAGAUGUUCCUCUUACCAGCCAGGAUACCACAUUCCCCUCAGAGAUUCGCAAACACUGUCGGAUUGGUUAUUGAGAGAAAAAGAUUAAAGACUGAAACCGAUGGACUCAGGUGAAAUAUAAUCUUCUUAAAACUCUGACUCUAUUACCUUGAGCAAGAACCAUUUUGGUUCAAAAAAGUGGCAUACAAAUAUUGUAGUAUAAAUACAGUACUUAUGCAAUAUGUAACCUCUCCGGGGCACAAACCUGGGCAGUGUGUAUGGAGGCCCUUGGCUGCCCAGAUGAUAUGGUCCAAAGGAAAGUAGAGCAACAUGUUUGGCUGCUGGAGUUACCAGAAGGAGGCGUACAAGACGCCAUCCAACUGUUUUAGGGCCUCCACUCUGGGUUUGUGUAGGGGUUACUCCUUAGCAUUUUCUUCUCCCAAACAUAUCCCACAACGCAACGAAGGUUUAGGAUCAGAGUAUUCCUUCUCCUUGAUGGGCCACCUUCCCAGGUUUUGAUGAGCCCCAUCUGCUCCUCACUUCCUUCUACAGCACAUGCAGAAACCACCUUCUUGACCACUGAACCCUCCAUUGGCUGCACAAUCCAACAGAGCCUGUCUUCACAUUCAGGAGGAAGUCCCUAACCCACUGAGGGUUUGAGACCCAUCAACUACCCUCACCUGGUUUAGCUGGUGUGGCCGCUGUCGCAUGCUGGCAGCUUCUAGGAGUCACAGGUGAGAUCUGAGUGUAGGAUGGAGACCAAAGUGGGACAAACUAGCCCAUAAGGAGCACAAUGCGUGUGUGUGUCCCCCAUAGGUACUACCCCUCCUGUAACAUCCUACACAUCCAUGGAGCUCACUUCAGUGCUGAUAAAGCAGCGAUUUGACUUCACCUCUGGAGGCACAUUGCACUGUCUCUCUAGACAGAUGGAUGCCAACAAGUAUGCAAUGUGUAGUAAAUAACAUAUUGAGGAAAGAGUCAUAGAUCAGUGGGACGGGGCAUAUUUGCACACAGAGGGUCUGGUAUCUCUCGGCUGGGCUGGAAAUGUCCUCAGUUUCAAAUCCUGGAGAUCUUCUGCCCAUCAGUGCAGACAAUACUGUGCUUAAUGACAAGGAUGUGCUGCCAUGUAUUUGAAUUAACUGAAGUCCAAUCUAAGCUGAAAUCAGAUUUCAAGAUUCUCACUGGUGCCGAAUUUUAUUAUCCUACCCAGUGCAGAUAAGUUCAAAUCAAAGCAUUAUACAUUUAUUUGUUUUUAACCAGUGCAUAAUAUUUUGAAACACAUUUAGAGAGUAAAAUAACACAGCCUUCCAUUUUAUAUGAUACAGCCACUUAAUGCGGUUCCUCCCCCACCCUUUUGUCAGAUACUACGUUGGAGAAUCAACCAAUGUCCUUUUUGAGAGAUGGUUUUACUGUGAAGACCUUGGCACACAACUUAUCCCAAUAAUCCAAGAGUAAGUCUUCUCCAUUUUAUUUCAUUGGGCUGAAUCCAAAUAACUUUUAUUCAGAGCUGACCCACUGAAAUUAAUGGGCCCAAGUUGUAUUAUUAUUAUUAUUAUUAUUAUUAUUAUUAUUAUUAUUAUUUGCUGCUCAUCUAACUAUCUGACUGGGUUGCCCCAGCCACUCUGGGCAGCUUCCAACAAAACACUAAAAACACAAUGAAAUACCAGCCAUUAAAAACUUCCCAGAACAGGGCUGCCUUCAGAUGUCUUCUGAAAGUCAAAUAGUUGUUUAUCUGUUUGACGUCUGCUGGGAGGGCUUUCCACAGGGCAGGCACCACUACCAAGAAGGCCCUCUACCUAGUUCCCUGUUGCUUCACUUUUCACAGAGGAAGUGGGAAAGCAAACAUGCAUUUGUAAUGUCGCCCAGACAUACAAUUUGGUUACCUAUAUUAGUCUGAAAGGUUUUACUCCUUUAACAUUUGUCAUUCCAGGUUUUUCAGCUCAAGGCAGUAUCAGACUGGAAAACCCAAUCCAGGUAAUAUAAACUGAUUUCAGAAUCAAAGCAAUUAUUCAACGAGUAAUAAUAUGGGUGGGGUUUUUUCCCUUAAGGAAAGCUUAAUUAACAAAAACCCUAUUAUUACUGGCUGUACUGGCUGUGUACACAUGACACACUGAAAGCACACACACCUUGGGAAUCCUGGGAACUGUAGUUUACCACUCACAGAGCUACUAUUCCCAAUCUCAGCAUCCUUAAAAGUUUCCAGGAUUUGGGGGUGGCAGUGGAUGUGAUUUAAAUGUAUGGUAUGUACAGAACCACUGUCUCUCUUUAAACACUGCUCCAAAUGAAAUAACAUCUGCAGGAGAAAUGCUAACUUUCUUCUCUCUUUUUCUCUUAACUGAGACUCUGCCAGAAUUAAAGGGUAGAAACAACAGGGAGAUGGAUUUAGUGCCUAGCUUUCUCUGAGCUUUUCAGGAUCUCAAAAAUUAAAAUACAUAGCUUUCUAACAAAGCUUUUCAUAAGAAAGAGGAAUACUUUGGUCUGGAGUGUUUGUGCUUCCUCUGACAGCUUCAAUAAACUUGUGCAAAAGGUUCAUGGUGGUUCAGUUCAAUUCCCAUGGUGAAAUAUUAGGAGAGCUCUUAGGGAUGAUUGUUUGCACACGGCCCCACGGAGUGGCUUCCAUGGUUAAGAGUAUUACAAAGCAAAAGAGGAGCUAUUGUGUUUUAUCUAAGGUGUUUAUUCCCGCCCCCCUUAAAAACUCUUAUGAGAGUAUUUCUCUCUCCUCUAUUAUAUUAACAAUAACAAAACCACUUGUGUUUAUUUCUAGAUACAAAGAAGCUAGACUACUUGAAGCCAGUUUGUCUCUUAAACUUAACACAACAGACAGAGUAGAUUAAAAAAUGGCAAAUGCUAUAAUUGCAUUUUAGCAACAGCCAUUGGGUUUUACAGUGGUUUAUCCUGGGGGGACACAGGUGGCGCUGUGGGUUAAACCACAGAGCCUAGGACUUGCUGAUCAAAAGGUUGGCGGUUUGAAUCCCUGCGACGGGGUGAGCUCCGUUGCUCGGUCCCUGCUCCUGCCAACCUAGCAGUUCGAAAGCACGUCAAAGUGCAAGUAGAUAAAUAGGUACCACUCCAGUGAGAAGGUAAAUGGCAUUUCCGUGUGCUGCUCUGGUUCACCAGAAGCAACUUAGUCAUGCUGGCCACAUGACCCAGAAGCUGUACGCCAGCUCCCUCAGCCAAUAAAGCAAGAUGAGCGCCGCAACUCCAGAAGUUGGUCAUGACUGGACCUAAUGGUCAGGGGUCCCUUUACCUUACUAUCACAGGGAUGGAGAAGCUGUGAGCCUCCCAUAUGUUGUUGUCCUCCGGUUCCCAUCAGCCCCCAAAGAGCAAGGUCAGGGAUGAUGUGAGCUGUAGUUCAGCAAAACAUCUGGAAAGCCAUGGGCUUUCCUGGUUCACCCCUAACUGUGUGCUACACUAGAACUGUUGUUGUUGUUGUUUAGUCGUUUAGUCGUGUCCGACUCUUCGUGACCCCAUGGACCAGAGCACGCCAGGCACUUCUGUCCUCCACUGCCUCCCGCAGUUUGGUCAAACUCAUACUGGUAGCUUCAAGAACACCAUCCAACCAUCUCAUCCUCUGUCGUCCACUUCUCCUUGUGCCCUCAAUCUUUCCCAACAUCAGGGUCUUUUCCAGGAAGUCUUCUCUUCUCAUGAGGUGGCCAAAGUAUUGGAGCCUCAGCUUCACGAUCUGUCCUUCCAGUGAGCACUCAGGGCUGAUUUCCUUCAGAAUGGAGAGGUUUGAUCUUCUUGCAGUCCAUGGGACUCUCAAGAGUCUCCUCCAGCACCAUAAUUCAAAAGCAUCAAUUCUUCGGCGAUCAGCCUUCUUUAUGGUCCAGCUCUCACUUCCAUACAUCACUACUGGGAAAACCAUAGCUUUUACUAUACGGACCUUUGUUGGCAAGGUGAUGUCUCUACUUUUUAAGAUGCUGUCUAGGUUUGUCAUUGCUUUUCUCCCAAGAAGCAGGCGUCUUUUAAUUUCGUGACUGCUGUCACCAUCUGCAGUGAUCAUGGAGCCCAAGAAAGUAAAAUCUCUUACUGCCUCCAUUUCUUCCCCUUCUAUUUGCCAGGAGGUGAUGGGACCAGUGGCCAUGAUCUUCAUUUUUUGAUGUUGAGCUUCAGACCAUAUUUUGCGCUCUCCUCUUUCACCCUCAAUAAAAGGUUCUUUAAUUCCUCCUCACUUUCUGCCAUCAAGGUUGUGUCAUCUGCAUAUCUGAGGUUGUUGAUAUUUCUUCCGGCAAUCUUAAUUCCAGCUUGGGAUUCAUCCAGCCCAGCCUUUCGCAUGAUGAAUUCUGCAUAUAAGUUAAAUAAGCAGGGAGACAAUAUACAGCCUUGUUGUACUCCUUUCCCAAUUUUGAACCAAUCAGUUGUUCCAUAUCCAGUUCUAACUGUAGCUUCUUGUCCCACACAGAGAUUUCUCAGGAGACAGAUGAGGUGAUCAGGCACUCCCAUUUCUUUAAGAACUUGCCAUAGUUUGCUGUGGUCGACACAGUCAAAGGCUUUUGCAUAGUCAGUGAAGCAGAAGUAGAUGUCUUUCUGGAACUCUCUAGCUUUCUCCAUAAUCCAGCGCAUGUUUGCAAUUUGGUCUCUGGUUCCUCUGCCUCUUCUAAAUCCAGCUUGUACUUCUGGGAGUUCUCGGUCCAAAUACUGCUUGAGCCUUCCUUGUAGAAUUUUAAGCAUAACCUUGCUAGCGUAUGAAAUGAGUGCAAUUGUGCGGUAGUUGGAGCAUUCUUUGGCACUGCCCUUCUUUGGGAUUGGAAUGUAGACUGAUCUUCUCCAAUCCUCUGGCCACUGCUGAGUUUUCCAAACUUGCUGGCAUAUUGAGUGUAGCACCUUAACAGCAUCAUCUUUUAUAAUUUUAAAUAGUUCAGCUGGAAUACCAUCGCUUCCACUGGCCUUGUUAUUUGCAGUGCUUUCUAAGGCCCAUUUGACUUCACUCUCCAGGAUGUCUGGCUCAAGGUCAGCAACCACACUACCUGGGGUGUACGAGACAUCCAUAUCUUUCUGGUAUAAUUCCUCUGUGUAUUCUUGCCACCUCUUCUUGAUGUCUUCUGCUUCUGUUAGGUCCUUACCACUUUUGUCCUUUAUUAUGGUAAUCUUUGUACAAAAUGUUCCUUUCAUAUCUCCAAUUUUCUUGAACAGAUCUCUGGUUCUUCCCAUUCUGUUGUUUUCCUCUAUUUCUUUGCAUUGCUCGUUUAAGAAGGCCUUCUUGUCUCUCCUUGCUAUUUUUUGGAAAUCUGCAUUCAAUUUCCUGUAUCUUUCACUAUCUCCCUCGCAUUUUGUUUGCCUUCUCUCCCCCGCUAUUUGUAAGGCCUCGUUGGACAGCCACUUUGCUUUCUUGCAUUUCUUUUUCAUUGGGAUGGUUUUCAUUGCUGCCUCCUGUAUAAAGUUGUGAGCCUCCACCCAUAGUUCUUCAGGCACUCUGUCCAGCAAAUCUAAAUCCUCAGAUGAUCUGAGCCACAGUCAGCUCCAGGUCUUGUUUUUGCUGACUGUAUAGAGCUUCUCCAUCUUUGGCUGCAGAGAAUAUAAUCAAUCUGAUUUCGAUGUUGCCCAUCUGGUGAUGUCCAUGUGUAGAGGCGUCUCUUGUGUUGUUGGAAAAGCGUGUUUGUGAUGACCAGCUUGUUCUCUUGACAGAACUCUAUUAGCCUUUGCCCUGCUUCGUUUUGAUCUCCAAGGCCAAACUUGCCAGUUGUUCCUUUUAUCUCUUGAUUCCCUACUUUAGCAUUCCAAUCCCCUAUAAUGAGAAGAACAUCCUUCUUUGGUGUCACUUCUAUAAGGUCUUGUAAGUCUUCAUAGAAUUGGUCAAUUUCAAUUUCUUCAGCACCAGUAGUUGGUGCAUAAACUUGGAUUACUGUGAUGUUAAAAGGUCUGCCUUUGAUUCGUAUUGAGAUCAUUCUAUCAUUUUUGAGAUUGCAUCCCAGCACAGCUUUCGCCACUCUUUUGUUGACUAUGAGGGCCACUCCAUUUCUUUUACGGGUUUCUUGCCCACAGUAGUAGAUAUGAUAGUCAUCCGAACUGAAUUCGCCCAUUCCCAUCCAUUUUAGUUCACUGAUGCCCAGGAUGUCAAUAUUUAUUCUUGCCAUCUCAUUUUUGACCACAUCCAACUUACCCAGGUUCAUGGUUCUUACAUUCCAGGUUCCUAUGCAAUAUUUUUCUUUACAGCAUUGGACUUUCCUUUCCCUUUCAUGCAUAUCCGCAACUGAGCGUCCUUUCAGCUUCGGCCCAGCCGCUUCAUCAGCUCUGAAUCUACUUGUACUUGUCCUCCACUCUUCCCCAGUAGCAUGUUGGACGCCUUCCAACCUGAGGGGCUCAUCUUCCAGCGUCAUAACUUUUAUAUGCCUGUUGUCUUUGUCCAUGGAGUUUUCUUGGCAGGGAUACUGGAGUGGCUUGCCGGUUCCUCCUCCAGGUGGAUCACGUUUGGUCAAAACUCUCCACUAUGACCUGUUCAUCUUGGGUGCCCUGCUCGGCAUAGUUCAUAGCUUCUCUGAGUUAUUCAAGCCCAUUCACCACGGCAAGGCAGUGAUCCAUGAAGGGGACACUAGAACUAGUGCUAAUCAUUUGGCUGCCACCAAAAUGGGAGUGACACACAGAUUCCUUCACCUUCUUUAAAGAUCUAGUAGAAGUUACCUCGUGUCAUGCAUGCCAUCCAUUCAUAUUAUAUCCUGGGAUGUGAUCAUGUGAGUUCACUGUCUCUCAACCCAAGCAGGGUUGCUAUGGAGUUAAAAUGAUGGAGGAGAGGAGGAGAAAGAGAAAGGUUUAAGCUGCUCUGGGCAGCCUUGAAUGAAAGGUAGGAGGGAAAUGCAAUAAAAAUAGAUGGUUGUUGCAAGAAGAAAACCAUCAUCUUUGUGACCUGUUUUAUGCAUCAGUUGUUCAUUUAGCUAAGUGCAGUCAUCCUUGCUGUUCAAGGAUGUUAAUGUACAUGACAAGUUCCUGGAAUAAGGGUGGGUGAAUCUGCCCAUUUUGGUUUCAGUUUCUCAUUUUUUAAGUCAUUUCACAUGUCUGUAUCAGUAUGUGAUUUUUUAAAUAAAAAAAUCCCCAUGAAAAUUCAUCAGCAUUUUAGUGAAAUUUCCUCCUUUUAUCUGCAAUUUUGCCAGGCAUACCCCCCCCCUUUUUUUUUUUUGCAAAGCAAUUUUGCAUUUUAUAUAUUGUUUUCGGGAACAUAUGCCUUUUGAUGCACACUUUAAUAUACACAUUUUUGUACACAUCAUUUGGUUGGGGAACUGCAUCAUAAAAUGUAGAGAAGUGUGAAUCUUGAAGAUUUGCAUGUUGUUUCAGGAACUUCCAAUUGGGUAGGUUCGCAUUGCAAGUCCUCACUAAACUGAAUUUCUUCUCCAUCUCUACCUACAAGACACCACUAGAUGCAGUAGCCAUCAGAGGGGUUGGGGUAGGCAGGACAACGUUGCUCACCUGCGUUCCCAACACUGAGCAUUCCUGAGAGGAGGAAAGGUGAGACACAGGGUAGGGAGUUCAGUGAAGAAGAAGAAGGAGAAGAAGAAGAAGAAGAAGAGUUUGGAUUUGAUAUCCCGCUUUAUCAUUACCUGAAGGAGUCUCAAAGCGGCUAACAUUCUCCUUUCCCUUCCUCCCCCACAAGAAACACUCUGUGAGGUGAGUGGGGCUGAGAGACUUCAGAGACGUGUGACUGGCCCAAGGUCACCCAGCAGCUGCAUGUGGAGGAGCGGGGAAGCGAACCCGGUUCACCAGAUUACAAGUCUACUGCUCUUAACUACUACACCACACUGGCUCCCAGUGAGGUGCAAACAUGGUGGCAGGAGCACUGGACGACCUCUGCUAAGCCUCUUCCUUCCUCAGAACUAACAGUGACUCUUGGGGUUGGGAAGGCAGGUGUUGGGAAGAAGCUGCCCAGCUUGUGCUGCUCCACCAUGCAUGAAGUGUUGGCCUGAGGGUUUCUAAAAUUAAAAGACCUUAGAGGCCAGUUACCAGGAAUAGCAUUUUCUUGCCAGAGAUCUGCAGAGUUUUAACAAGUUUCUUAUCUGUUUGGGUUGGGUUUUUUUAACUAUAAAUUUUGGUGCCAUGUCUUUGUUAUUCACAGCGCAGUACAUUUUUUUUUUCCACAUCUAAACCUGAUCUGCAAAAACAAUUACACAGGAUACAGGAAGCUUUCUAAGUAGGCCAAAUGAACGCAAUCCCAGGACCCCUGGCUGACUAUACUACUGAUGCUUACCUAAUGUGCUUCAUAACUUCUUGGGAUACCACAGAGAGACGUUGCAUUUUUCUGCAUCUUAUUUGGACCAUUACCGAAAAAGCACCCCAGAGACAUGUUUUGAGAGUACCCUGUGGCUUUCGGAGAAGAAAACGGGAGUGUGGGAGAAGAUUUCACCUUUGCAUUUAGUUAAGAGACUGAAGUUAAUUUCACAGGGUGCAGAACUGUGAACCUCAGAACAGGAUUUGAAAGGGCAGAGAGUGUUUCAGACUGUUUCAAAACAAUCAGGAAAUGCAGGGUAUUAAAUGUUGAAGUGCUGCGUAAUCAGUUUUGCUCCGUAUUGGCCAAGAGAAUCCCUAGAAGGCAUUUGAACUCACAGUAGGGAGGUAAUGAGUAGUGGCAGUAAAUGUGUCUGCUUAAUGUUGUCUGUAUUUAUGACAAAGCAGGAGUUGAAAGACCCAAUGGGUGGCAGGUUUAAAGAAGCUGGUGAAGGGCAGGAGAAGCAGUCGUGGACUGUUAGAUAAUUUGAAAUUUGGCCCUUGUCCUUUUCUACCCAUAUGUUUGAAUCUUCUGAAACACCAAGUAUUAAUAUGACAAUAUCACAUGUUCUUGCAAUAAGCUUUCUGAUGGGCAAACACCUGUCGCCACUUCUAAAGCAAUCAGAAAUAUAUAUAUCUAUCUUUUCUACCUCUAGAUUUUCUUUGUUUUUAGAUGAACUUCUGAAAGAAAUGCCUUUCCCGUUAAACGAAGCCAAGGUCAUGGAUCCUUUUUCCUUUCAAGGCUGGCUGAACAAUCAUCGUGAAGAGAUAGAUCAGAAGAAAUCCUUCAGACUUUUUGGAGACAACUCUGAAACUGAGGUAGAAAAAACUUGAGUACUUUCAAAAGGAGGAGUUGGGUGAAUUAUUUUUUCAAGUGAACAGGCAGUCUCCUGUGGAGAAGUGUUUUUUAUAUCUUAUUCAGGGGCAGGGAAUAAAUGAUAUGCAAUGUUCCUCAAGGAUAAUCUAGCCUGAAGAUGUCCAUUCUCUCUCUUCUAUUGGCCUUGGACAAGGGUGAGGAAUCUCUGCCCAAUCUCUUUUGGACUUCCAGUAGAUGAAGGCAGCUGUAGUCAAGCCAUGUCUGGAAGACUGCAGGCUCCCAAACCCUGAACUAGGAGAAACUCUAUAGCAGUUGUAUGCCCAACAGCCAUUCUAGGGAGCUAUACAGAUUCCUGCUAAUACACAAACUGAUUUACACCAGUACUUCCGAGGAACAAUGAUUCAGUCAUCAAGAGACCAAACAAGUGACAUUAAAUGUGCCUUUUCAGUUAACAUUAAACAUAAAUAAAAAUAGAUAUUUAUAUAACUUAUUCAAAGUGUUGGUGCUGACAGCCCUAAACAGCCUCUCAACCCCAUCGUUCUGUCCAGACAUUGAGGUUCAGCUCUGAGGGCCUUCUGGUGGUUCCCUCACUGCAAGAAAUGAGGUUACAGGGAACCAGGCAGAGGGCCUUCUCAGUGGUGAUUCUCUCCAUGUGGAACGUCCUCCAAUCAGAUGUCAAGAAGAUAAAUAACUAUACAACUUUUAGAAGACAUCUGAAGGCAGCCCUGUUUAGGGAAGUUUUUAAUGUUUGAUGUUUUAUUAUGAUUUUAUAUUUGUUGGAAGCCACCCAGAGUGGUUGGGGAACCCCAGCCAGAUGGAUGGGAUACAAAUAAUAAAAUUAUUAUUAUUAUUACUAUAUACCUCUAUUAAUCAAGUCUGAUUUGAGGUGGUUUACAAUGUCAGAAAAAUCCCCCACCUGGAUGCAUCUUCUAUUGAUGAUAUUGCUUUCCUCACAAAAGUGACCAAAAUCAACUUACAAAAACAAUAAAUCAUUAAAAGCAAGUGCCCAUAGUCUCCAGGAGCUGGGACAAGAUGUGCAGAGCAUUGCUGCAAAGACCAAUGCCAGCAAGUUUAACCAAUGGCAUCUGCCCCUAACUUCUAAACAGGGAUUAGGAGGAAUGAGAAGAGAAAAAUAAAUGAGGAAUCACAGCUGUUUGAAGUCCAGAAAAAGAUUCCCAUUAAGUUCGAGUGCAAGCCUCUGGCAAAAGGAAAAUGCACUGUCUGUCCCAAGAGUGGUGUAUGCUAUGGAUAAAAGCACAAAACUAUUAGUGGGAGGAUCAGAAGAGUACAGGAGCAAAGACCAUUGAGGUGAAGAGAGAGAAAUGUGUAGUUGUGAUGUAUUACAUUUUGUUUUUACAUUCUGGUAUACAAAGCCUUUGGCAAGGUUAAUGCAUCUUCUCACAAUUUCUGUUAAAUAAUUUUACAUUGACACAAAUGUUUCUCAUAGUAACACAUUGCAUUUUCUUGGUUUGUUGCCCAGGUUAUAAUUUUUGGACCAGGAACAACCAAAGAGGGAGGAAAGAAUGCAGAUAUAUGGCUAUGGCAGCUGGUAUGUGAUGCUAGUUCAAUUUCGCACUAACUAUAUAGGUAGGGUAAAAAGGUAAAUGACCUCUGGAAGGUUAAGUCCAGUCAAAGGCGACUAUGGGGUGCAGUGCUGAUCUCACUUCAGGCAGAGGGAGCCGGUGUUUCCACACUGGCAAUACCAUAUUUUUCACUCUAUAAGACACACUUUUUCCCCUCCAAAAAUUAAGGGGAAAUGUGUGUGCAUCUUAUGGAGCGAAUGCAGGCUCCAUGGCUUCGCGUUGAUUUUGCUGAAGCCUGGAGAGCGAGAGCGCACUGACCCCUCUCACUCUCCAGGCUUCAGGGAUAGCUGCCCAAAACCUCUGGAGUGCAGCAGGAGCUCCCACUGUGCUCCAGAGGCUUCGCGUUGCUUUCGCUGAAGCCAGGAGAGGAACACUCUCCUGGCUUCAGGGAUAGCCGCAGCGGGAGGAGAAAUGGAAGGGGCCCCGCUUCUCUUGCCGCUUUGCUGAAGGGGCGCUGCACAGAGAGGGAGAGAAUUGUUUUUCUUGUUCUCCCCCUCUAAAACUAGGUGCAUCUUAUGGUCGGAUGCAUCCUAUAGAGCGAAAAAUACGGUAAUUCUUCCAUCGAACAAGCAAUGGAAAUAAAUGAGGUGUGUGCAUUGAUCAUAAGUGGCUCAACAGGUAUGAUAGAACUGCUAUGGCAGCUUCUGGGGUAGCCAGUUGCUUAUCUGGAGGGAGAGCAGCAAGGUGACAUAGAGGCUGGCAAAGCCAAUUCAGUGUUUGGCCAUGUCUCCCCCACCCCUACCCCACAGCCUUGUCCCUUUUCCUCCUAGCAAGCAAUAACAACACACUUGUCAGAAAGCUAGUGAAGCCUCCAUGGGCAGAGGAUCCAGCUGAGAGUUCGAGUUGGCUCCGGAGAAAAGUAUUUCACUCCAGGGGUUACAGAUGACACUGGGACACCCUUGUCAUUGCUGCAGUUGGACUGAGGCAGUGGGGUUCACUCAUGGGUUCCUCAGCAGUCUCUGAACCCAGUCUAUUGUUGAUGCUGGCUAUGCUUCAGUUUAAGAAUAUAAGAUGAUUACUGCUGGAUCCGGUCAAAAGUCCAUUUAGCCCAGCACUCUGUUCUCACAGAGGCCAACCAGAUGUCCCAUUGGCAGCCCACAAGCACAACCUGAGUGUAAAAGCAUUAUCCCUACUUGCCCAUUAGAAAUAGUUCUGUUCAUGCAAGACCUCCAUUAGUCCUCACAGGAAUGAAAUGGCUCACAGAGCAACAUUCUUACAAGACAGAUAUGAACCCUUUUUAGUAGUGUAUUCAUGAUUUUCCUUGUAGUAAUGUCAGUCUAGUCCCUGUUGGCUUGGUGAGCAACUUUUCAGGUCCUGGAAAGUAUUUCAAGGAUCUGAUGAGAAGACUGAAAAAUACUUCAAACAACCAAGUGCCGUAUUUUCAGGUUGACAUAUCUAUCAGCACACUGCUAGCUUAGUUGAUUAACAAUGCCACAGAAGUGGGUCACCUCAAGACAGCUUCAUUAUGUGGAGCUGUGGGCUGCAAACUCAGUCUGAUUGCUGCUCCUCACAGUGCAUCUGUACUGGGUAGCAGGGGAGUUUUUCUGUUGGCUUUACUAUGGAGGUUAAGCCUCACUCAGUUUGUUUGUUUGUUUGUUUGUUUGUUUGUUUGUUUGUUUGUUUCAAAUCAAAUAGUUCCACAAAUGAAAAGGUCAGCUAUCACUACAGAAUUCCAGGGAGAGGUGAACACUUUCCCCCAAAGUUCUACAUCGACUCAUAUUACACUGGUCAACAACAAAUUUGUUGUCUGCAUUUUUUCAGUUGAUUUAGGAUGAAUCUGAUGCGCUGAAUCCAAAAAUCACAUUGGUUUUGCUCAAUCAGGUCAAGUUUUUGAGCUAUGGCCACAUGUCUUUUUUUACGUUUUUGGUCACAUGUACGCUUGUGUGGAACAUUUUAGAAGCCAGUGGGGGUAAAAUGCCAUGUUGAAUAAUUGUUUUGAUUGGAAAUGAUUAUUUUAAUGACAAGAAGUAUUCAGGUCAGAUAGUUCUUGGGUGAUUAUGUCGAAAAGGGAUCAGUUUGAAGUCAUAAAACCUCUGUUUUUUCUCGGAAGAGAAGGACUUGGUGUACUGUGCAGAUAUUGCACAGCUUCUGCUCAAGCUUGGAGUGCCACAGUAUGAACCCAAAGAUUGGAGACUGUUCACUGACAGCAGCAAGCGAUCACUGAAAUGUGUUCUGCUACACAACGGCAACCAGUUUGCCUCUAUACCCCUGGCUCACUUGAGUACACUGAAGGAGAACUAUGAAGCGGUGAAGUAUGUGCUGGAGAAAAUUGGUUAUGAUCAGCAUAAGUGGUUUAUUUGUGUUGACCUGAAGAUGGUGAAUUUUUUGUUGGGACAACAGUCUGGCUUCACCAAGUACCCAUGUUUUCUGUGCAUGUGGGAUAGUAGGGACCGUGCUCAGCAUUACACAAAGAAGGACUGGCCUGUGCGGGAGGAAUUGGUGCCUUGCAAAUAAAGGAACGCCAUCAACGACCCUCUGGUGGACAGAGACAGAAUACUCUUCCCACCGCUGCACAUCAAGCUCGGCUUAAUCAAGCAGUUCACCAAGGCUCUGGACAAGGAUGGUGACUGCUUCACUUACUUGUGCCAGGCUUUUCCAGGAUUGACCAUGGAGAAGUUGAAAGCUGGCAUCUUUGACGGUCCUCAGAUCUGUCAGCUCAUCAGAGAUCCAGAGUUCAGAAACUCAAUGAACGAAGUGGAACUGGAAGCAUGGAAGGCAUUUGUUCUGGUAGUGAAGAACUUUCUUGGCAACAAUAAGGCCAAAAACUACACAGAACUUGUCAACAACAUGCUGACUGCUUUCAGAAACCUGGGCUGCAACAUGAGCAUCAAGAUGCACUACCUAUUUUCACAUAUGGACCGGUUUCCUGAGAACCUGAGUUCAAUGAGUGACGAGCAGGGGGAGAGAUUCCAUCAGGACAUGAAAGAGAUGGAGACCAGGUAUCAGGGUUGCUGGGACGCAGUCAUGAUGGCUGACUACUGUUGGACUCUGAAGAGAGACCUCCCUUCCGCUGAGCAUUCCAGGAGUUCCAAGAAACGGAAGUUCAAGCCCUGAAGUUUGAAAAAUGGUGAAGCAACAUGCAAUUUACGUGUACUUACCUUUAUCAAUGCCCACCAUUCAGUUUACAGUAAACCUGACCUGAUGGAGAGAAACGGAUGCCAUUUCCUGAUUCAGCAGUGCAAAAAUACCCUAAAUCAGUUGUAGAAAUCUAGACAACAUUCAAAAAGUAAAAAAUUGUUGCCCAGUGAUUAGUCUCAAUUCCCCCGCCCCCUGCAAGUAAUGAGCCCUAAACUGAUCAAAACAAAGGAGAACCUUUUCACUGCAUACUAGGUUUGCACAACUUGUGAUGCACUAAAUCAGUUUUUCUCAACCAACGGGGACAUACGAAGAACUUGGUGUGGAGUGUGUGUGAGAGUGGGGGGGGUUGUUUUGUUUUUUGUUUUGGUAAUGUACAAUAUAAGUAAACAAAUUUAAAGCUAUGAAAUUUCAAUCCAUGUGAAAAAUUCAAAUUAAAUAAUUACGUGAACUGGGAUUGAAGGGGGUGUGGCAUCUUUUUUAUGUCAGCUAAAAGGGGACAUGGAUUGAAAAAAAGUUGAGAAACAGUGUAAUAAAUGAAACAUCUCCCACCAGCAGCCAAAUCUAGGUUCAGGUCCCAGUAAGAGGAAAACCAAGAAUGUCUAUCAAGCCUGUGGCAUAUAGUUGUUAAUGACUGGUUUGGGUCACAAGCCCUGCUUUUACAGAAUUAUUUGAUUUGUUUAUUUCCCAGCUCACUAGAUUACUGAUGAUUUGGUUAGACUGACUGAUUAGUUCAUUAAGAUAUACUUCCUAGUUUGUGGCUGCUAAUGACAGUCCAGAAAGAAUUAAAAGCCCCUCUUUUGUUCCUGCCUUUUCAGGAAGGAACAUCUGUUGUUACUGCUGACAGUAAUACCCUGUGUCUAGAAAAUGGAGACAGCCUUCUCAUCCCAGAACAGACUGCGUAAGUAUACAACAGUAUGUGAGAUUGGCCACCUUUUGCAAAUGGCCACCUCCUCUCUCUCAGGUAUUGGUGCAUCACUGCUCCUUCUGCUUUCUAUUCAUGGAAAAUUCAUUUAGCUUCUACACCCGGGGUAGCCAUUAUUUAUCUUUAUUUGCUGAACUACAGCUCCCAUCAUUCUUAACCAUGAUGACUGAGGCUGGUGGGCAAUGUUGAACACCAUCUCAAGGUCACCAUAUUGGCUACCCCUGUUUGUGUGUAGUGGCACCAGUAUUCGGUAACACUGUUCCUACUGAAAUCAGACAGGUGCUGCCAUUUUGAUAUUUUUGAUACCAAAAGAUAUUUUGUUUCACCAGGCCUUCCCAGAGAAUUUAUUUGUUUCACUGUUGGCUAUUUCCCCUAUACAGUCGUACCUUGGAAGUCGAACUGAAUCUGUUCCGAAAGUCCAUUUGACUUCCAAAACGUUUGGAAACCAAGGCGCUGCUUCCAAUUGGCUUCAGGAAGCUCCUGCAGUCAAUCAGAAGCCGCAGAACCCAUGCUGGAUGUUUGGGUUCCAAAGAACAUUUCUAAACUGGAACACUCACUUCCGGGUUUGCGGAGUUCGGGAGCCAAAACAUUCAAGUUGCAAGGCAUUCAACUUCUGAGGUACGACUGUAUUUUAAAGAUUUAAUUAUACAUCAUGGUAUUAUUAUUAUUAUUAUUAUUAUUAUUAUUAUUGAAUUGGUGGUCCUAAGAUCUGUGGGUAUAGGGUGGUAUGCAAAUUUAAUAAAUAAAUAAAAUAAAAAUAUUUGCAAUUUAUUUAUUUAUUUAUUAAAAUGAUUGCUUAAUGGGACAUUCUUCAGAGUGACGAUAGCCAAGUCCGCUCACCCUCUCGAUGCGGCUGUGUUGCGGGAUGGCAAAGGCUCUUCUAAGACCUCGAUGAGGGAUUUGAGGAUGGUGUCCUGUCCUGAUAGGUGGCCUGGGCAUAAGACCGGACCACCUAUCAGGAGCCAGAUCCUAGCCUGCACCAGGAAUUGGCGAACGGGGGUGCAGGCUUGGACAAUGGGCUGGGCUGGGGUGUUUGUGGAGCUGACAGAGCAAGAAGGCUUCCCUCAGGUCAUUUAAACAGCCUCCACUUGGAGCCCUACCUUGCUUUUAUUCGCCGGGUUCCUCUCAUCGAGUUCGUUGUUGGAGCGUCAGAUUGGCUGCCUUGCCUGCCCCAGUGGAGUCAUGAUAGCCAAAUGUUUUGUGAAGGUCUUUGUUUUGCUUUUUCUAACUUUGUUCCACAAGUCAAAUACAAAGCAUGAGAUUUUGGCUGCAAUACACAUUUACAUCAGAGUAAACCUCACUGAUAUCAGUGGGGAUUUCUUCUGAGUGAUAUAGGUUUGUGUUUUCUGUCUCAAACUAAGCAUUCCUGCGCUGCCAUUACACUCCUGUUUUCUUGGAAUGCUUUUUACCUUUAAUCUACUGAACUAGAAAGGUGGCUGUCAUGUACUGAGUUGAAUAGGCUCCAAAAGGCAGCAGUCUGAUUGGUCCUAGAACAAUAGGGUCCAGAAUGCAGCAGUCUGAUUGGUCCACAGGAGCCACCCAAUCCAGCUCCAGGUGGAAGUGAAUCCGCAGCCUGAUUGGCCUACAGGUGAAUCCCAGAAUUAGCCAAUUACAUGGGGCCCAUUGUGUAAAUAAUGUAUAUAAAGCAGACAUUCUGGCGGAACUUCCAUUCCUCCUCACCACUAUGAGCUGAAUAAAGCGCAUGAAAUCCACUCUCAACUCCGAGUAUAUUUCAGUGGCAGUGAUACAACACCGGAAAGGCAAGGAGUCUUAACUCUGUCCCAUAUUCAGGAGGACCACCGGCUUUCAGGUUCCUUUCCCAUGCCCUAAUAAUUUGUGACCCACACACCAUAGAUUGCUUUCCUAUUUAGAAUUAAUGUGCUCCGUAUGUUUUACAGUUGGUAGAGCCCAGCUCUAUGAUGGGGAAUUGACACCUAGGGUCUCAUUGCUAUGAACUGCAUUGAAUCCCCCCCAUAUGUUUAAUCUACUCAAAUCCCUGGUGAGAUGUUCAUUCUCAGUCAUGGCAGUCCAGUCUCAUUACAACAAUCUAAUGCUUCCACUUAUUUUGGCAACACUCUGUAUAGCUGACUGCUCAAUUAAGCAAUGACAUUUUCCCUAAACUACCAUUUUACUUCUUUCCAUUCUGCUAGUGACCAGUAAUUAAAUUCAGGAGCAGGAGGUGAAGUGAGAGGCAGAAAGGAUUUGGUAUUUGGUAAAAAGUGUUCAGCAUCCUCAGAAAUUCUUCUAGCAUUGUCAACAAGCAAUGAAUAACAAAGGGAGAGUUUAUUGUUAUCGGGCAAUGAAUGCUUAGAGUCAAUCUGAAAAGAUUAACUGAUACGGUUUAAAAACAGCAGGAACAGUGGAGGAGUGCAUGUCUGCCAUUCAGUCCCAUUCUCUGUUUUGUUUUGAAGGUUUCAGUGGAAGAGAGCUGAAGGAUCCAUUGCUCUUUCCAUUAUUCAGGAUCCUGCACGAAAAAGACCCUAUACCUGAGUUGCUGGCAAGACUGAUUAAUAAAAGACUGAUAAAAUGUUUUAUGUGAGCACUGCAAUCGAAGAAGAAGAAGAAGAAGAAGAAGAAGAAGAAGAAGAAGAAGAAGAAGAAGAAGAAGAAAUUCAUUAAUCUUGAAUCCACACAUCUAAAACUAUAUGACACCACUUUAAACAGUCUUAGAUUUCUCCAAAUAAUCCUAGGAAUGGUAGUUUUUUAAAGUUGCCACAGCUCCCUAAGAAGAAGGAUUGAUUGUUAAACAACUCUGGAACUGUAGCUCUGGGAAGGAAUAGGAGAGUUUAUAAGCAACUCUUAGCACCCUUAAUAAACUACAGGGCAACUGAUAUGACUUUUCAUAUGUGAUGGACAUGUGAGCUGUUGCAACCAUUCUGGAAAAGAGUAUGUACAGAAAUAAGUAAAAUUACGGAUCAGGACAUAUAAUGUAAUCCAAGCCUAGGCUUAUUAACAGAUAUUCAACUCAAUUUGUUAUACAAGGAACUUAUUGAUUUUCUUUUGGUCGCUGCACAAUUACUCAUAGCAAAGUAAUUGAUCACCUACGCAUCAGACAAUGGGGGGGGGGAUGGACAAUUGCUUUGUCCGAGAAACUAACGAAGAGAGUACAUGUCUCAACAAGGCAUCUGAUCUGGAUAAUUUUGUUGAAAUAUGUUACCCCUUUAUGAAAUAUUCACAUGGACUUAUGGGAAAAUCUGACUCAUUAGUCUUCUGUUCCAGGGAGAGGUGGUGGGAAUGGGGAAAAUCAAUUGUUCUGUUAAUGUUUAUAUUUUUGGAAAGCGAUAACAAUUGUUGUUUUUUUAAAAAAAUGGAAUAAAAAUAAACAACAACUCCAAGAUUUUAGGGGUCGGGGAAGCCAUGGCUGCUUAAAGUGGUAUCAUAGUAAUUUAAAUGCAUGGUGAGAAUGUGGCCUAAGAAAAAAUAAAACAUAUUUCAGUGCUCCACUAGGAGUGAGGUCUUGUAAAACGAAUGCCUAGUUGUUAUAUAUAACACAGUAUCAGAACUCUUGAACAGACUUGCAUCACCCACAACACCAGAUUUAAUUUUUAAAGUUGGCAGGCGUCAGUAUAUAGGUAAAGGUAAAGGUAAAGGUACCCCUGCCUGUAUGGGCCAAUCGUGUCCGACUCUAGGGUUGUGUGCUCAUCUCACUUAAGAGGCCGGGAGCCAGCGCUGUCCGAAGACACUUCCGGGUCACGUGGCCAGCGUGACGAAGCUGCUCUGGCGAGCAAGCACCAGCGCAGCACACUGAAACGCUGUUUACCUUCCCGCUAUAAAACGGUACCUAUUUAUCUACUUGCACUUAGGGGUGCUUUCGAACUGCUAGGUGGGCAGGAGCUGGGACCGAAAGGCGGGAGCUCUCCCGCCGCGGGGAUUCGAAUCGCCGACCAUACGAUCGGCAAGUCCUAGGCACUGAGGUUUUACGCACAGCGCCACCUGCGUCCCUUCAGUAUAUAGGUAGAAAAAUUCAAUUUUGGAAUUCUUAGUGUUGAAAGGGAUGGAGUGGGGUGAGGGGAAGGAUCUGGACAGUCUGAGCCAGUGGUUCAUAGAUCCCACUCGAAAAAGCCAAAAGGAGCUGUGUAAUAGGAAGCUGAAUUGAUGGCUUGAAACAUGAGUUUUGAUUAAAAAAAAAAUAGGGAGUUGAGGAAAGUUUUGAAAGUAGAGGAAAUGAGAGCAAGUGAUAUAUAGAGUCAGUGAAUUCUUUUUGAUUAACCAAGAAAUCGACACAUUGUGCAUAACAACACUUGCUCACCAUUCUCUUGAAACCCAAGCUCCUCAUGUUUCAAGUGUUCCUAAAUGAUUGACUUUGCAGAAUACAGUGAGCAAAAAUCUCCCCUUUCAUGCUGAUUCGGCUGCUAUCGUAUAUUGCAGCCAAAAUAGUCCUGGCCAUUUUGAACCCACUUACCCCCCCUCUGUCUUGGAUCAUUACACCACAGCAUAUAGCAUAUUUGAAAGAAAGGAAAACACAAGAAGGGUUGACAAGCUGAGGGGGAACAGAAUAAAUGUUUAUUAUUUUAGGAAGGCAGAAUCUUGAGGUGACUCUCAGCCUGUUUUAUAAGUUUGCAUUGCAGAAAUCAGAAUCAUCGCAGCAUUUGAUUUCCCGACGGAUACCAUUUUGAUUAGGACAAGGCACAUCACACGUCACCAUAUUCUUCAAUGCACAGUCGAGUAUUUUAUCUCUAAACACCCCAUCUGAGACAAUGUGUGAAGAGGAAGAAAGAGGAAAAGAGAAAGGAGUGAAGAUAUGUAUCAUUCUAACCCUCAGUUACCACAAUGAUUAACUGGAAUUCACAUAAAAUAUCCAAGGUGCUCUCCAUUACAAAACCUGGUAAUACUGAUGGCUGAAAGAAUAAAGAAACACAAGGGCUGAAUCUAGACACACACACACACACACACACACACACACACACACAAAAACAUUUUAGGAAAACGUGUUGUAAACUUUAUAAUGGGAAAUCACGUUGGAGAAAGAUGGGACUCCACAGUGCCAUCCAGUGUCACAGUGUUAUAAUGCAUAUAAAAUGCUUUUUCUUUACUAAUGCAGCUGAGUCCAAUGUUUAUUACUCUGGGGAAACAAAGCUAUUCUGAAUACAGGUACACAUGUCUCUCUUCACCUUCUUCUACAGCCCCUAAAUCUGCACUAGAAUGUAGAGAGAAACCCACAAACAAGUUUAGGAGGCACAUAUAGGAAGGAGUGAAGUGGAGUAUUGUGUGGUACCCACAUGCGUACUGUGGGAUAUUGCAGUGAAACAUAAGUAUGCAUGGAGGGUUUGAGACCAGAGACCUGUGUUUUAUAGAAUUGGGUCAUACACCCUCUUUUCUGGUGAUGUAAGUAUCUUAUUUGUCCUUCUUUUAAUUAAUUCAAUGUGCUGGGGGGGUGACAAUAAAUUUUCUGCACGGGGUACCACGUGACCUUGCUACGCCACUGAGUGAUGGAGGAAAUAAGACCUUCUCUUCCUUUCUACACUAACACUCUCUUCAACAAUGCAACAGUCAGGAAAGAAAUGUCUGAGCUUGUUGCAUACAAGCUCAGACUGCAUGCUUGAAGCUAUGCUUCUGACAAAGGCAUUUCCAUAUAUUAUUCCCCAUUGCUGUAUCACUAAUCUGAAAGAAAUGGAAAAUAAGCAGAAGGGGAAUGUGAACCAUGGAGCCCAAACAAGGCACAACCUUUGCAGCUGUUUCUUACUUUCGAGGGUGGUGAUGCCAACGCAGGUUCCUCCAUCAUCAACUUCACAUGUUUGGUGGUUGCAUGGUACUCCUGGGAUCAUAAUUAGGCAUUUUGCACAGAGGAGAGCAUCUGCUCCAAAAGACAAAACCAAAAUGUUGUGAAUAAUGGAGGGUUGCUUUGAUUGAUGGAUUAUAUUUCUAUGCUGUUUUUCAUUCAAAGGAACCCCAAAGUGUCUUAGAAACAAUGAAAGACAAUAGGGUAAUAGAGCAUCAGAAAUACAUCACAAAUCAUAAGACAGAAUACAGCAGAAAUCAUACAGAAUAAUUAACAAGAUUUUUAAAAAGUAAUAGCCAAAUGGCCACGGAAUUUCCCUAAGCCACUGUAAAAUAUUAAAUGGAGAAAGAGAAAGCACCCAGACCACUUCUGAAGGACUUCAUGCUUGUAAAGCUGGGUGGAUUUUUCAUGGCUUGUUCUUUAAAGAAUUGACCCCAAAUGUGAUUAAAAGGAGUUGGCACAGGAUGGGAAAACAUUGAGCCAUCAACCCUUAGCUCUGAGAUGAACCUAUAGUUUGCCCUCAUCUUUUUUUUUUUUUAAAAUAGUUUUUAUUAAAGAUUUCUGGUGCUACAGAAGGCUUGCCCACAUCUUGAGUUUUAUUUUCUGUUUGCAAAGUAUCUCUACCCGGUAAAGGAGUCAGUUUCCCUGCUUGAAUAUUAGGGAGAGUUGCUUAAAUACAUAAAAUGUUGAACAGAUUCUAACAGGCUGCAGAAAAGAAAGAGAUGUGAAGUAGGGCCUCUCCAUCAUUGAUUGCAGGGAGUUGGACUAGAUGACUCUUGGGUCCAACUCUAAGAUUCUAUGACUCUCUGAAUAGCUUCACCGCAACAACAGCUGCCCUUGGCUCACCCUCUCCCUCAAUUGCCCCCUAGCAACAGUCUUUCCAUUAAGGUGCAACAGAGGGAGAGAACAGAAGAAUUUCCAUUUAACUGCCUCAAUUCAGAUUCUAUGGACAGAGCAUAGAUUUGGUUUGAUUCAUACUUCUGCCUGCCAACCUGCACUUAACCUGCCUCCCUUGGCUGACAGUGCUUUUCCCAGCUCUUGCAAAAAGAACAUACCUGCAGGUGUAAGGAACAGGAAAACACAGAUUGCAAGAAGUACUUGACUUGGGAUGGACAUCUUGGUAUCAAAAGGUGUGUUCUCCAGCAGAGCCCCAAAUCACAGAGGAAUAGAUGUGGACCUUCACUAGAUUGCUCCAGGGUGGAGAAGCUUCUUCCUUUGAUCCUUUUAACAACAGCCUAGAGAUCAUGGUGUCCUCAGAAAGGAACUAUAAAGAUAAAUGGGUGGGCCAUAACAUCAUGAACUGGCCACUCAUCACAGAACAAAAAUCCCAAUUUAAGUGAGAACUUGAAGUGUGGGUGGAACAGAUUCUUUGAUGUCAGGGCUUCAAUGGCCUCUGCAAGUCUCCACUGGCACACCUGCCACUUUUAGGACCAAAUAAAUGCAUGGCAAAUUCAUAAAUAUCAUCAAUGCUUGCCCAACAAUAAAUGGACAAUGGUUUUAAUGUUUAAUUCAACUUUUAGGUGUUGAAUGGUCUCUUUAAAUUUGAAGGUUCAUUAUUGUUCCACAAGAUGUGUAUGUCUUUAAGAGCCAGAGCAAAUAACGUGACCUAGCUUUACAGCCGUGAAACAGUAUAGCAGGUGCUGCUAAGUUGUGUUAAUUAAGCUGUGUCAGCAAUUGGGUAUAGUAUAUAAAGAGCAGCACCUAGCUCUCUCAGUACACUGGUGGUUGGGUUGGUGGAUGGGUCAUGUUUACUGAUAUAUUAAGUGUGAAAGGAGUUUUUGUAUUUGUUAUUAAAGCCUAGCUAAAGUUAUUUUGUGUUCCUUGUAAUGUGUGGUCUCCCCAGCAAGCUCUCUUUUUGGCCAGAAACUGAAAUGAAACAGUCAUCAGCCUAUGACCUUGUGAGUUUUACAUUUCAUCAUUUGCCUGUUAUGUAUGUGCUUUCUUGGCCAGCGGAUGCAUUUGCUCUGGUACACUUCCCACAGUGUACUGAAAUUAUAUGAAGGCAGGCAGGAGUUGGGACAUUGCUAUCUGAGUUCAGCCAGAUGGAACUAUACUGUGUACCUUAAGUACAAUGUGCAAUUGCAUUCUCUCUUUAUGGGUUUCUUGUGUGUCCUGAAUGCAUUUCUAAUGUGCAGGAGCUCUGUGUACCAACUUGUCAGGAACACUUUCUCUGGCAAUCACGCUUUGAGAGCUGCUUCCGAUUACCAGUUGCUGAAAAUAACCGGAGGGGAGAAGACCCUUGUGCUUGGGUCCUUCAAGCCAGUUUCCCACAGGCCUCUGGCUGACUCUUAUGAGAACAGAAUGCUGGAGUGAAUUGGUCAUUGGCCUGAUCCAGCAGGCUCUUCUCAUCUUCUUAAUUUUGCACUCAAAACCAAAUUCUGAAAUUCUAAAUAAAGUAUUACUAGAUAAUCUGGACAUUGGCAUUAACAUUACAUGUCACAUUUCAUGUUCAUUGAAUGAAAGCUGAAAAAAAGGUGAUCCUGUAUGGGUCUACUCAGAAGUGAAAUCUACUUAGUUAAAUGGCGCUUACUCCUUGGUAAGUGGGUGUAGGUUUACUGACUGAGUGGAUAAAGUCUCUUCAAUACACUGGAACAUCAUGUUACGGACGGAAUCCAUUCCGGAGGCCCGUCCAUAACAUGGAAUUGAUGCAAGCCAAAGCGCUGCGCCUGCGCAUGUGCACGGUGUGAUUUAGUGCUUCUGCGCAUGCACCAGUCGCAAAAUCCAGAAGUAACCCUUUCCAGUACUUCCGGGUUGCUGCGGGACACAACACGAAAACACGUAACCUGAAGCGGACGCAACAGGAGGUGUGACUAUACAAAAUAAAACAAAGGAUGUUGAAAGGAAGUCCUAUAACACUUUCUUGUUCUUUGGGUGUGGGGGAAUGCAUUUAGUCUUUCAGGAACGUCAAGACUCUGCUUCUUAUUUACACAUCUUGGCUAUCAAAAUCUGCUAUAAGUGUGCCAGUGGAGACUUGCAGAGGCCAUUGAAGCCCUGACAUUGAAGCUGAGAUACACAUUUUUGUACGCAUCAUUUGAUUGGGGAACUGCAUCGUAAAAUGUAGAGAAGUGCCAGUCUUGAAGAUUUGCAUGUUGUUUCAGGAACUUCCAAUUGGGUAGGUUUGCAUUGCAAGUCCUCACUAAACUGAAUUUCUUCUCCAUCUCUACCUAUAAGACACCACUAGAUGCAGCAGCCAUCAGAGGGGGGUGGGUAAGGCAAGGCAACGUUGCUCACCUGUAUUCCCAACACUGAGCAUUCCUGAGAGGAGGAAGGGUGAGACACAGGGUAGGGAGUUCAGUGAAGAAGAGGAAGAAGAGGAAGAAGAAGAAGAAGAAGAAGAAGAAGAAGAAGAAGAGGAGGAGGAGGAGGAGGAGGAGGAGGAGUUGUUGUUGUUGUUGUUUGGAUUUGAUAUCCCGCUUUAUCACUACCCGAAGGGGUCUCAAAGCGGCUAACAUUCUCCUUUCCCUUCCUCCCCCACAACAAACACUCUGUGAGGUGAGUGGGGCUGAGAGACUUCAGAGAAGUGUGACUAGCCCAAGGUCACCCAGCAGCUGCAUGUGGAGGAGUGGAGACGCGAACCCGGUUCACCAGAUUACGAGUCUACUGCUCCUACCCACUACGCCACACUGGCUCCCAGUGAGGUGCAAACAUGGUGGCAGGAGCACUGGACUACCUCUGCUAAGCCUCUUCCUUCCUCAGAACUAACAGUGACUCUUGGGGUUGGGAAGGCAGGUGUUGGGAAGAAGCUGCCCAGCUUGUGCUGCUCCACCAUGCACGAAGUGUUGGCCUGAGGGUUUCUAAAAUUAAAAGACCUUAGAGGCCAGUUACCAGGAAUAGCAUUUUCUUGCCAGAGAUCUGCAGAGUUCUAACAAGUUUCUUACCUGUUUGGGUUGGGGUUUUUUAAACUAUAAAUUUUGGUACCAUGUCUUUGUUAUUCCCAGCACAGUACAUUUUUUCCCCCCCACAUCUAAACCUGAUCUGCAAAAACAAUUAUACAGGAUACAGGAAGGUUUCUAAGUAGGCCAAAUGAACACAAUCCCAGGACCCCUGGCUGACUAUACUGCUGAUGCUUACCUAAUGUGCUUCAUAACUACUUGGGGUACCACAGAGAGACGUUGCAUUUUACUUUGAAAAGGAGGAGUUGGGUGAAUUGUUUUUUCAAGUGAACACGCAGCCUCCUGUGUAGAAGUGUUUUUUGUAUCUUAUUCAGGGGCAGAGAAUAAAUGAUAAAAAGGAUAAUCUAGCCUGAAAAUGUCCAUUCUCUCUCUCUUCUAUUGGCCUUGGACAAGGAUGAGGAAUCUCUGCCCAAUCUCUUUUGGACUUCCAGUAGAUGAAGGCAGCUGUAGUCAAGCCAUGUCUGGAAGACUGCAGGUUACCAAACCCUGAACUAGGAGAAACUCUAUAGCAGUUGUAUGCCCAACAGCCGUUCUAGGGAGCUAUACAGAUUGCUGCUAAUACACAAACUGAUUUACACCAGUACUUCCGAGGAACACUGAUUUAGUCAUCAAGAGACCAAACAAGUGACGUUAAAUGUGCCUUUUCAGUUAACAUUAAACAUAAAUAAAAAUAGAUAUUUAUAUAACUUAUUCAAAGUGUUGGUGCUGACCUUUAAAGCCCUAAACAGCCUUGGCCCUGUAUUCCUGAAGGAGCAUCUCAGCCCCAUCGUUCUGCCCAGACAUUGAGGUUCAGCUCUGAUGGUCUUCUGGUGGUUCCCUCACUACAAGAAAUGAGCUUACAGGGAACCAGGCAGAGGGCCUUCUCAGUGGUGAUUCUCUCCAUGUGGAACGUCCUCCAAUCAGAUGUCAAGGAGAUAAAUAACUAUACAACUUUUAAAAGACAUCUGAAGGCAGCCCUGUUUAGGGAAGUUUUUAAUGUUUGAUGUUUUAUUAUGAUUUAAAUUUGUUGGAAGCCACCCAGAGUGGCUGGGGAAACCCAGCCAGAUGGGUGGGAUACAAAUAAUAAAAUUAUUAUUAUUAUUACUAUAUACCUCUAUUAAUCAAGUCUGAUUUGAGGUGGUUUACAAUGUCAGAAAAAUCCCCCACAUGGAUGCAUCUUCUAUUGAUGAUGUUGCUUUCCUCACAAAAGUGACCAAAAUCAACUUACAAAAACAAUAAAUCUCUAAAACCAAGUGUAACAAACAAUCAAUUACAGGGCCCAGUGAGGUUGUCAGGAUAAAACAGAGCCAAGGAAUAAGAGGAGAUUUCAGAGGCACACAGAAAGCCAUUUAUCAACCAAAUGGUUUCAAGCAUCAUAACUCCGCCCAAUCUGAAAGGUGGCUUUGGUUUAAAGAAAUGAAAUGGAAUUUCUACCAAGGAAGAGGAAUAAUAGAUUAGGCAAUGCAUUGGAUCUGCAAUAAUGGUAGUUAGUCAACUCAAUAUGGAGAUGAGUGGUUUUAUCCUUCAGGUGCCUGCCAAACUUGUCACAGCAUGUCUUUGAAGGUCCCCUCACUCUCUUGCCCUGUACAGAUGCCCGUAGUCUUUUUGCAACACAGCAGUCUGAUUGGUCCACAGGAGCCACCCAAUCCGCAACCUGAUUGGCCUACAGGUGAAUCCCAGAAUUAGCCAAUCAUGUGGGGCCCAUUAUGUAAAUAAUGUAUAUAAAGCAGACAUUCUGGGGGAACUUCUAUUCCUCCUCACCACUAUGAGCUGAAUAAAGAGCAUGAAAUCCACUCUUGACUCCGAGUAUAUUUCAGUGGCAGUGAUACAGCACCGGAAAGGCAAGGAGUCUUAACUCUGUCCCAUAUUCAGGAGGACCACCGGCUUUCAGGUUCCUGUCCCAUGCCCUAAUAAUUUGUGACCCACACACCAUAGAUUGCUUUCCUAUUUAGAAUUAAUGUGCUCCGUAUGUUUUACAGUUGGUAGAGCCCAGCUCUAUGAUGGGGAAUUGACACCUAGGAUCUCAUUGCUUUGAACUGCAUUGAAUCCCCCCCAUAUGUUUAAUCUACUCAAAUCCCUGGUGAGAUGUUCAUUCUCAGUCAUGGCAGUCCAGUCUCAUUACAACAAUCUAACGCUUCCACUUAUUUUGGCAACACUCUGUAUAGCUGACUGCUCAAUUAAGCAAUGACAUUUUCCCUAAACUACCAUUUUACUUCUUGCCAUUCUGCUAGUGACCAGUAAUUAAAUUCAGGAGCAGGAGGUGAAGUGAGAGGCAGAAAGGAUUUGGUAUUUGGUAAAAAGUGUUCCGCAUCCUCAGAAAUUCUUCUAGCAUUGUCAACAAGCAAAGCAUAACAAAGGGAGAGUUUAUUGUUAUAGGGCAAUGAAUGCUUAGAGUCAAUCUGAAAAGAUUAACUGAUAUGGUUUAAAAACAGCAGGAACAGUGGAGGAGUGCAUGUCUGCCAUUCAGUCCCAUUCUCUGUUUUGUUUUGAAGGUUCCAGUGGAAGAGAGCUGAAGGAUCCAUUGCUCUUUCCAUUAUUCAGGAUCCUGCAUGGAAAAGACCCUAUAGCCGAGUUGCUGGCAAGACUGAUUAAUAAAAGACUGAUAAAAUGUUUUAUGUGAGCACUGCAAUCGAAGAAGA